AUGCCCGUUCCCAUGACGGGCGCCGCUGGAGGCAUGGCCCCCCCCGCGCACAUGGCCAUCGACCGCCCGCCUGCUCCCGACGAGAUCCCCGAGAGGUUCAAGUUUCCCCGCCAGGACAUGAGAUGGGAGCCUCCCACCUUCGUCAAAGAUUUGCCUCUGGCGGAGAAGAAUUUUUGCACAAAGGUCACCGACAUCGUCUGCCAGGCUGUUGGUCUCGAGUUUUUUGACCGUCUUGCCUGCGCCUGGGCCAUCAUCCACCACAUGGUCGACGUCAGUUAUGAGAAGCUGGUCUCAAAACUGCUCAUCGAACUGGCCGCCUCGCUCGAUCUCACCUAUGAUGACGGCAUCCAUCAUCGACUUGCCGAGUUGAUGAAGGAGAUCCGUACGCCGCGCUAUGUUGAGCUCCAGUCCAACGGCGAGCCGCCCGUGCAGGAAAUGCUCGGAUCGCAGGUGGAGCUCAUCGACUUGGCCGGUAUCAUGGCUGUCAACAUUCACGAGCGCCAGCUCCGCAUGCAGGCCGAGGAGGUCGACGCGCAGUACGGAUACGUCAAUCUUUGCACAUUUGCCGGAAUGCUCGUGACCAACGGCGCCAUCGACCGCUGCGACGACAUCGUCGGCGUCAGUCGCUUCUUGAUUCUUACGGGCAACGCCAUUUACCUGCAGAUCGUGGCCCCCGUGCACUACGUCACGAGCCCCAUCAUGAACAGGCUGCACAUCGGUCCGCUCUGGAAAGGCCCGCUCGGCUUCUCGGCCUGCCGCUGGACUUUCUGGUACCAGCGUCUCGGACAAGCCCUGUGUACGGCCAAGCUACCCAUGGCCGUGCUCUGGGGCAGGCUUGGCCACCAUCACAUGCAGGACAUUGAGAACACCUUCAGGCGACAGCAGCCCGCGCCGAACUACAUCGCCGCACGUGCGGCCAUGCAUGUCGAGUCCUCCAACAGUUAUGGGCAACCCCAACCGGUCGGACCCGAGCCUGCUCUGCGCCUCCGUAUCCGCCAGCUCGAACGCGCUCUGGCUCAAGAAAAGUCGUUCCGCCGCGAUGAGUGCCGGUACUACAUGGAUCAGCUGACCAACGAGAAGACUCGGACCGUCAAGGACAAUCCCGUUUACCGCCACCACAACGCGGUCACCGAGCUCAUCGCCGGCGCCGGAUGGGACGUGGAUCCGCACCUGAACGCCGAAGGCCUGGAGAACAACCUGAUCAAGCUUGUGAGCCUGACAGGCCACUACAAGACCAUGAUUCUCGACCAGCAGCACCGCGCAACCGUCAAGUACCGUGUGCAGUUCUUCAAAGGACAGGCGGCUGCUUUCGAGAUCCUGCAGCCUCUGCUGGGCUGGCCAUCGGACCAUGCUUGGCAGGCCGAUCGAGCGACGCGCGCCGCCAGGGUCAUCGACGCUCUUCCCAACGAGAGCCUGCUGCCGAAGCCGCUGCUGCAGCGCUACCGCGAUAUCCUCAACCGCGAGCGUGGCGUCAUCGACAUGAUUCAGGCCUUCAUCGACGAACAGAGUGCCGAGCGAGCCAAACGGCACGAGAGCUGGCAGCAGCAAAUCGGCGCGCCCAUCACCCAUCCCACGGCGUCGACGGCCAGCGCGCUCUCGGGCCCCAGGGCGCGGAAUCCUCUCGACAACCUGACGGCGCUCAAGAUGCAGCAGGACAUGGCCGAGGACAGGGUCAUGCUCUACAACGACCUGUUCAAGCGCCAUGAAUUCCUGUGCCAGCGCGACCAGCAUACAGCCCUCAUCCUGCUGCGCCUUCCCCAGGUGCUCCAGAUCAGCGGCCGCACCUUUUCGCUGAGCGCCCUCUUGGAGGGCAUCCCGAAGCGGGAAGACCUGCCCGCCUGCACCCUCGGCAUGGGCUGCACGCUGGGACAGACGCACUGCGAGAUGCAAUUCCGAGCUCUUCCAGCCCAGCUCAGCAACCCCAUCGACGCCCACCUCAACCCAGCUGCUGGCGUCUUUGCUCCAGGCUCGGGAGCUGUGCGUGGUGCUGAUGCUGAUGCCGGUGUUGCUGAUUCGAAUGCGGAUGCUGCCAACAGUGGCACGGGUCCUGCCUCUGCGUCGACCAAGCGCCAGCACCCUGGAGAUUCUGAGCAGGACCAGGAACCGAAUCAGAGGGUUCGGCUCGCCAAGGAGUGA